AUGGGAUCUGGUAGUUCUGGAAAUGCCAACUACAAGUACUCCCUGCAGAAGUCUGAAAAGGCUUUCAAGGCAGCUGUCUUGAUCCAGCAGUGGUAUCGGCGCUAUGUUGCUCGCCUGGAAAUGCGCCGGCGUUGCACCUGGAGAAUCUUUCAAUCCAUAGAGUACGCUUGUGAACAGGAUCAGAUCAAGCUUCACAACUUCUUCAGUUACCUUAUGGAUCACUUCACACCAAGCAGCAGUAAAGAGAGGGAUUUUAUCAGUCGCAUGUUCAUAAGCGGGGAAAGCUUCAAAGAGGCAGAGCUGGAAAAAUACUGUGACUAUGAAUCCAUGGAGGUGCCAGACUCCUACACUGGACCCCAUCUCUCUUUCCCACUCCUUCCUGACCAUGCAACUGCCUUGCUGGAAGCUUUCAAACAGAAACAACAGCUCCACGCUCGCUAUGUCUUAAACCUUCUGCAUGAGACCAGGAAGCACCUCAAGCAGUUGCCAAACAUCAGUCAUGUCUCCACGUGCUACAGCGAGGAGGUCACUGUGUGCGGAGACUUGCAUGGCCAACUGGAUGAUUUGUUCCUCAUAUUUUAUAAGAAUGGCCUUCCUUCCCCUUCUAAGUCCUAUGUGUUCAAUGGCGACUUUGUAGACAGAGGCAAACACUCACUUGAGAUCCUCAUCAUCCUCUUUACCUUCCUCUUGAUCUAUCCAAAGGAGGUUCACCUCAACCGUGGGAACCAUGAGGACCACAUGGUCAACUUACGCUAUGGUUUCACCAAGGAAGUAAUGCAUAAAUACAAGGUGCAUGGGAAGAAAAUCUUGAAGAUGAUUCAGAAUGUCUUUUGCUGGUUGCCCCUUGCCACCCUGAUUGAUCAGAAAGUCCUCAUUAUACAUGGGGGCAUCUCUGACACCACUGACCUGGACAUGCUUGAGAAAAUUCAAAGGAACAAAGUAGGUUUCAUUUCCUAUACAUUGCAAGAGACGGCAGUGUUGCUGAUCUGUGGGAAGAAAAGAAAGGAGUCAAACAGAAACGUGGAAACACAGGAAACAAAUGAGAAGAGCAAAGCAGAGGCUGACCCAGCAGGGAAUGAGGCAGCUCCCAGUUUACCUCCCUCACCCCAACCAGCCCAGGCUCCCAGCACAGCCAACAGGCUGGAGUUCUCCAGGUGGGUCCGGCAGACAGUGCAGGAGCAAAUUGAGCGGUGCCGCCAGCUUGUGGACAUCAGUGAGUCAGAGGAGGAGGAGCUCACCUAUGCCAGCGUGGUCUCCUUGACGGAUUUGGAUGGGCUGUGCCAGACUCGCCAAGAGGACUGGAAGCAGAUCUUAGACAUUCUCUGGAGUGACCCCAUGCCUCAGGAGGGCUGCAUAGUAAAUACAGUGCGAGGUGGUGGCUGCUACUUUGGGCCUGAUGUGACAAGGAAGAUCCUUGAGAAGUACAACUUGCAGUUCCUCAUCCGCUCCCAUGAGUGCAAGCAAGAGGGCUAUGAGUUCUGUCACAAUCGGAAGGUGCUGACCAUAUUUUCAGCCUCGAACUACUAUGAGAUUGGCAGCAACAGGGGAGCCUACGUGAAGCUGGGGCCAGACCUCGUCCCCCAUUUUGUUCAGUACCAAGCCAACAAGGCAGCCCAUACUCUCACUAUGACCCAAAGAAUCAGCAGAGUAGAGGAGUCAGCCUUUCGAGCCUUGCGGGAAAAGCUCUUUGCUCACACCUCAGCCCUCAUCAGCGCGUUCAAGGCGUACGAUAAGGACAAUAUGGGAAGGAUCACGCUGAGCAACUGGGCAACAGCAGUGGAGUCAGUCUUGCACUUGGGAUUGCCCUGGCGAAUGCUGAGGCCACAGCUGGUGCGCAGCACGACAGAUGGCAUGCUGGAAUACAAGUCCUGGCUGGACGACUUGGCCAUGGAGCAGCGGAGCCAAGAGCACAUCCAGACGAGCUUGCUGGAAGUCAUUUAUCGAAACAGAUCCAACCUGGAGACUAUAUUCAGGAUCAUUGACAAAGAUCAUUCAGGUCUCAUCUCAUUUGAGGAAUUCCACCAAACCUGGAAGCUGUUCAGCUCCCACAUGAACACUGAACUCACGGAUGAUGGCAUUAACGACUUAGUUCGCAGCAUUGAUUUCAAUAAGGAUGGAAACAUUGACUUCAAUGAGUUCCUAGAAGCCUUCCGCCUUGUCAGACAGUCACAGUAG